GCUUGCAAUACUGAAGUACACAAUUCUUGCUCAGUGAUCAUAAGCAACGUUUCUGUCAAUAUGAAGACUAUCGCCAUUGUGCUUGCCGUCUGCCUUGCCGUCGCCUAUGCUGACGAUCCACUGAAAGACAUCCCUAAGGACUUUAUCAGAACUUGCUUGAUCGAGAAUGGGUUCGACGAGGCCCAAUACUCCAACGGCUUGAGAAACGUCAAGAUCCCUGACAACCAAGAGAAGAACAGAGACUGCUACUACGCAUGUAUGAUGAAGAAGAUGAAUCUGAUGAGGCCCGACGGUAUGCUCAUGGAGGACAAUCUUAAGACCAAAUUCAACAUGAACCUCGAGACUCUCCAAAAGGCCAUGAAUACUUGCAAAUCCCAGGUUAAGGGAAACGACAGUUGCAAGCUGGCUGCCUGUCUUAUGGCCAACCGAGGAAUCUAAGUACUCAAUUCAAACUGUCUUUCUUUAUUUCUUUUUAAGACUGUCUAUCCCACUUGCGCCUUGAAAAAUAAAUAGUCGAUUAAGUUAUGUCGAUUAUUUUCAUGUAUUGUCAUCGAGUGUCAAAAAUAAACCCGCUUUUAUUAUA